UAAAUACUGACAAAACAAUGCUGACAAAACAGCUGACUAAACUGACUAUAAAAAAGCUAGCUUCCUUAAAAAUCAACUUUUGUUGGCUGUAUUUCAAGUGCUGCACAAAAAUGUCUUCCAAAUAGCUUAUUUUACAAGGUCCUUCUAAGAAGUUGUUGAUAACACUAAUAAAAACACAUACUACACCAACACAUACAGCUGGAAAGAGUAACUGUUAGAUAGACAAAAACCUGGUGAGAGAGAUAUAGUUUGCUGACCGCAUCACUUACUGGCUUAGUGUGAAAGUGUAAUGUAUGGACAGAUUGGGGGGUUGUGUCGCAUAGGGUAUUACAUCCCAGGGCAAAUACAGUAUAAUAGGGUUAGAGGGUCAACCUAAUCAAACUACAAAAUCUAGCAGCCAACAUGAAAGAAGUUAGAGUAAAAUACUAUAAAAUAUCAAGAUUAAAAUACAUUAAUAGUAGUACCUGAUGAGGCAGAUUUUAAUAUAAGUACUUCAAAUUACACAGUAAUAAUAGGUGCAGAAAGAAAACUACAUAAGUUACGAUUGAUUAUACAUACGAUUUAUGUUGAUGUUGAGAGUUAAAGUUACAGUUCUCUCACAGGAACAGCUAUAACACCCACCGUGUACGUGUGUAUUCGUUCGACACUUUAUAAAGGUCAUAAUAGUACUAAUAGUGUUGUUAUUAUCGCCUGUUGUUAAGAGGGCGUGUCUAUGAUCAGAGCGGAUUCUGAUUGGUCAUGAUGACUCCCCCCUACCCCUCUCGUGUCACGGUGGCCUGGCUGGUGCGUAUACGCAUGCGCAGCGACCCCUCUCUACUGAUAUUUUAUUUACUCUCCAAACCCAAGAUGGCUCCUGUGAAUGUCUCGCUCACAUAGCAGGCUGAGGAUGCAAGAAGCUUCCGAAAAAACAACUUUUCCCCGACUGCUGCGUCCUCUGGAUUUGGAUUCAUAUGGUUCGGAGGAGGCCCUGACUGUCGUGAAGGCACCGAGAAGCCGUCGCAGCUUCGCGAAACCUUCUUCAAUCCAUCAAUUUGGAGUAGUUUCGCGAAGUAGCUCUUCUCCUCGUUGUCGCUGUGUGUCCGGAGCGAGGUUCAGACAGGCUGCUCAUCCAAAUGGCCGAACCGAGAAAAGUGCAAUUUGUCACCCUGUCGGCCUUCGCGGCCGGAGCGGCCGCAGACUCUAGGAAACGCCGGCUGGAGGACGAGGCCGACUUCAGCUUCGCUCAAGCCGAGGUCGAGGCAGUGACCCGGGCAGGAGGUGCUGCUGCCAGCAACGGUCGUCUCGGCAAAACCGGCGACAGGGACAAGACAGGAGCCGAGAAGAGGGAGACGCUGCGGUUCAACCUGCCACUCUCCGAGCCUGACGAGCGCUCCUCCGCCGAGUUUAAUUACGGCGAACUUAUCCAGAGCCUGCAGGCCAAAAAUAAACUCCCUAGUGUGAAUUCGGCUAAUUUACCCAACGACCCCUUCAACGACGAGGAGAAAGAACGGCGACAGGUGGAGUCCUUGGCGAAAAAGUUUGAAAAUAAAUAUGGUAAUACAGGGAAGAAGAGGAAGGACAGAAUGCAAGAUUUGAUAGACAUUGGUUUUGGUUACGACGAGUCCGACCCUUUCAUUGACAACUCAGAAGCUUACGAUGAGCUGGUGCCCGCCUCUCUGACUACAAAGCUGGGGGGGUUCUACAUCAACACUGGUACGCUUCAGUUCAGAGCGGCCUCUGAUUCAGAAGGGGAGCAGGAUAUGAAAGCAAAUGAUGCGCAGAUGAUGAAGAAAAGAAAAAAGAAAGACGUGAACAACCUGGAAGAGGAGCUCUCAAAAAAGAACAAAGUAGCCAAACAAGGGGUGAUGGCUCUCAAUCUCCAUCGGCCGGAGAAGAAGAAGAGAAAGAAACUGAUGAAAGACUCACUGUACCUGGCAGCAAUGCUCCGCAGGUUUACGAGAGAGAAAGAGGAAAUGAAGAAAAGAAACCCCAACAUGGUUCACCCCCACAGUGCAGGAGGUGUGGCUAACAAGCCCAACUCUGCCAACUCAACAAACAACCUGUUGACCUCUAACUCCACGCAGUCGCAGGGCAACACAGUUAGCAACGACCUCUCGCUGGCGGAACUUACAUCUGACCCUGCUGUGAUGUCACUGCUGGGUUCGGCCAAUGAGGACGAGCUGCAGGAUCUACUUGGAGACUUGGACUUUAGCUUGACGGACACAGACCCUCAGAACACUGUUGUGUUGGCCAGGCAUAAUGGCGUUCUGGGAGUUGGUGUUCCAGGUCACAAACCAGUGGGAGCAGGGGGUCAAGGGCGAGGCCUAGGAUCUUCCAGUGGACUUUAUACUCCGCCUCCGCUGCCUGAUGGUCUCCCUGCUCCUCUUAUCAAACGCAUCGAGGACCUGCGGGCGGCCUCCAGGCAGUUUGAUCAGGAGGGCAGGAAGAAAUUUUUCACGCUGGACAUGAAUAACAUUCUCCUGGAUAUUGAGCUGCAGGUGCAGGAGCAGCCUCCGCAGAAACGAUCAGAGAUCUACUCUCACAUGGAGGCUUUUGUUCCGUGCAACAAAGAAGCUCUCCUCAAACGACUGAAGAAGCUCAGCCUCAACAUUCAGGACGAUCGACUGCGGACACCCCUCCUGAAGCUGAAACUGGCAGUGUGCAGUGUGAUGCCAGAGCAGAUAGCAAGAUACAACAUGGACUGUAUGGCCAAGGUGGCAAAGCAGCACUCAGAGGAAGCAGAUAAGAACGGCUCAGAAGAGGAGGAUGACGAGAAACCUGGCAAAAGGAUAAUGGGUCCACGGAAGAAGUUUGUCUGGGAUGACAGGCUCAGGAACCUCCUGUGCAGCUUGGUGAGAGUAAAGCUGAGCUGCUAUGACAUGGAGAAACAGUGCUCUCUAUCUGUGGAGGACUAUCUCAAGGCUUUUUUAGAAAAUGAGGUCAAGCCACUUUGGCCCAAGGGCUGGAUGCAAACCAGGAUUUUAUUUAAAGAGAGUCUGGCAGUUCACAGUCACCUCACUGGAAACCUAAUCAAGAGGAGAAUGGUGCCUGGGCCCAAACCCAAAGUCAAAGAGGCCCUGUGGAUCCACAAGCCACCUCUCACCAUGACCUCCACACUAACUCUGCCAACUUCCACGUCUGCUGUGACCUCUAACCGCCAGCUCUCUUCCUCUUCACCUUCGGAGCCCAUCUGUCUCUCAGACUCUUUGGAUGAGGAUCUGACCGCUCCUUCCCUGGAUUCCAUCUCCCACGCUCUGGCGUUCCUCAGCAAUGCAUCAAAAGGAUUAGGGCCCUCAGACAGCCCAUUGUCACCUCCACCUCUGCAGAUCCCUACCUCCUCUCCUCCUCCUGUAACGCCUCACUACCCCUCAGCCUCUCAACUCUCUGUCCCUUCUUCGACGCAGCAUCAUUCCCCUUCAAAGGUCGAGUCAGUUCCUCUCACAGCUGCAGCUGCUGGACAUUUGCCAACAACUAUAACAUCACUGUCAACCUCCUCUGCUACCUCCUCCUCCUCUGCUUCUGUCUCCUCUGUGGCCCGUAUGCAGGGAGGAGUUCUAGUUUCCUCAAGGACUUCAGAUGGCUCCUACGGCUCAGUCAAAGGAGCCGUCGUAGUGAGCCAUACUCAGAAUCAGAGACCUGUUACCUUGGCAUCACCAAACCACAGGUCCAGCUCAGUCAUAGGUGUGAGCAACAAAAUGCAUCCACACCCUUCACCGUCACCUCCUAAACAACGACCUCCACCUACAGCUUCCCCUCUGCUCCCUCCCCAUCAGAAGGGCUUUGUCAGCCCUGUGGGAGUUCUUGGAGGUAUGGGAAGUCUUCAUGGACUCAACAAGACCACUGUUAAGGCCAGCAGCAAUGGCAACGCUGUGAGCAGCAGCACUACACAUUUAUGUUCACCUUCAUCCCAGUCCAGAUCCAACUCCACCUCCCACCCCAGUCUGCAGUCCUUCUGCCCCCCUUCCCCAGUGUCUUCCUCAGCCUCCACAACCUCACACACCUCACAAGUCAAACUGCAUACACAUCAUCAUCAUCACCAUCACCAACCCAACUUCAUUACACCGAUGCAGGCCACACUCACCAAGUCCUCACACAGCAGCAACUCUUCUCCCAUUAUUAAGCUCACCCCUCGGCCUCCUGUACCCACUCCACCUCCUUCCUCCUCCCCCUCGCCUUCAUCCUCCCCGUCGCAUCCUCUGUCCCACCAGAUGAUCUCCACUCAAAAGCAACAACACCAGUACACCAACAAAACUCCCAAACCAUUCCGGCCUCCUCUGAGUGUGUCUGGCGGUGGACAGAUGAAGCAGAGCAGUGGUAACUUUGCUGGAGUCCAGAAGCCUCAGUCCACUGUGAACAACAGCAGCAUCAACAUCAUCAACAACAAUAAGGGAGUGGUACAAGUGGUCGGCAGUCAUUCGGACAAAACUACUCCAUCCUCCUCGCCUUCACUUUCGGGUAGUCACAUACAAAGGCAAAGGGCGAUGGGCGGGGCCAACCCGAGCUCGAAGCCAGGAAAUAGCUGGACAGCUUCAGGAAAUUUGGCCACGUCCUCCACAACGUCACACCUCUCACAGGUUUCUACCACAGCCGCCCCUCUCCUGGGGAGUCCCUCCUCUCUGCCUCUGAGCUUUGGCAUGCUCGGAGGCCUGGUCCCUGUCUCACUUCCUUUCCAGUUCCCUCCCUUGCUCAAUUUCAGCCCUCCUGGAGCCCCAGGAGCCGCUGGCAUUGGCACAACCCCCAGCUCCAACUCAGGAUACUCCCUAGCACAGAGUGAUCUAAUCGAUCUGUAUAAGAGUCUCCAGUCAGGGUCACAGGCUGCCCUACCUCCUCACUUGCAGCUUGCUUUCUCAGGUAAUCACCAGUCGCCCUCGUCAUCUUCUUGUCUCCCACCUGUCCCUGUCCAGUCAACCUGUUGUCCUUUGUUCUGGUGCUCUUUGUUACGUAAUGUCUUGUGAUAAAUGCAUGUGUCCUUUGUCGUAGCUUUAUAAUAAUAGCUGUAUGUUUUUAACAUCAACAAACAGAGGUGGGAUACGAGUCGGUCUCAUCCUUUGUUGGUCGGAUGGGUCUGUCAGUGAUCAGACAGAUCAUGUGUGCGAAUUUAAUGUUUGUGUCGUAAAAUGACAACAUUUACUGAGGUUCAUUACUGCUAAUGUCUCAAAAAUAGAUUAAAACAAUUCCUUCCAGACUUUAGAGCUGAAUCCAUUUGUGAUUCUUUUGCUGACUGAUCUUGACUACCAGGCAGUAAAACUUACCCUGUUGAACAUGUGAUAAACCAUCAGUCAAAACAGCUUCAUGUCAUAAAAGCCAGACCUCAAACUACUGCUCUGUCUCGUAGCAAAUUCGUCUACUGAUAUACUGAUUCAACUAAAAGAAAGGAGUCCAAUCUCCGAUCAAAUAUUGACCCUAACAACCAAAUCUUUAAACCGACAUGAUCGCAUUUUCACAAGCUCAAGUUGUUCUGUUGAGAAUUUAGUUCCUUCCAGACUGUAAUUUAGGUGAAAUAAAAGUUUUGUUUUUUGACAAGUUGGACCUAAAGGAGAAAAGGUUUCUCCUCCCUGAAUUGUGGCAAUGAUUAAAAAAAUGUAACUGUAUUUUCUAAAGAACCGGGUAUGAGAACAAACUAGAGUGAGUGAUGAGAACACUUAACUUUUUUUUAAGCUUCUGGUUUAGUUUUUUCUUUUAAUUUGUCAACAUGUUUACAUAUGACCGACCUUUAUCACUGUGGACGAAUGCGAGCGCCAAGGUGGUGACGGUACAGAUCGGUGUAGUCAUACACUAAAUAAAUAAAUGCAGGUCUUAAUAUUUUAUUAGUAUGUCACUCAAUCAGUCCAAGUUUACUUUAACCUGUGACUUAGCCAACUAGCUUCCAUCUUUGCAACAUAGUGACUGGAGUUGUUGAGAUUAACUUAGUGUGUUAUUUCUGAGGUUCUGUAGUGUCCAGUGUCUAAAAGUUUGUCCUCUGGCUCAGAUGUGAACCAAAGCCAGACUGGGGACAUGAAGAGAAAACCCAACUGACCAAUAACAUCACAGAAGGCUGACACCAGUGGGACGCCAAUCCACCAAUAAGGGUCUUCGCAUUUAUUGCGUUGGAAUAAUAUUACGAUAUAGGAGGGGGCGGAGCUCCAGUGCUUCCUCCCUCCCCCAAGUUGGACCUAAAGGAGAAAAGGUUUCUCCUCCCUGAAUUGUGGCAAUGAUUAAAAAAAUGUAACUGUAUUUUCUAAAGAACCGGGUAUGAGAACAAACUAGAGUGAGUGAUGAGAACACUUAACUUUUUUUUAAGCUUCUGGUUUAGUUUUUUCUUUUAAUUUGUCAACAUGUUUACAUAUGACCGACCUUUAUCACUGUGGACGAAUGCGAGCGCCAAGGUGGUGACGGUACAGAUCGGUGUAGUCGUACACUAUGAUAUAUAAUUUGUAUUUAUGAUCAUGUGGAAUAACAGAAUCUUUGAUGUUGCAGUACAAAAAAAACAGACUGAAUAACUUUUUUAAAAUAAUUUUUGUUGUUCGUCUCAGAUGUGGGAAUUAGUGUAUCUGUAGAGUUUCUGUUGUUCACCUCUGCUCCCACAGAUGACUGUUAAAUAGUAGCUUAAAUUAAUAUUGAUAAAUUAUUUGUAAUUUACACAGGGACAAUAUCUUAUUACAUGUUUGUUUGAUGGAGAGGUUGAGUGUGUGUGUGCUUGUGCAUAUAAACAAUGUACUGUUAUUUUUGUUCUUUCCAGGUGACUGUGUGUGAAUGAGCACGGGUGUGUCCUCCCUCUUCACAAUAGAGUGAGUGUGUUUGUCUUUCUCUCAUCCGUGGGUUUUUGGUGCUGUUCAUUCACACUGGACCUUUUCUGGAAAAAAGACUUGAAUUGAAAAGUUUGUGGCUGUUCUUCUGGAGAGAAAGCAGCUGUCUGUCUGUCUGUCUGUCUGUCUGUCUGUCUGUCUGUGUGUGUGUGAGAUAGUGAGAGAGGGAGUGGGGGGUGUCAAGAUUGUAGCCUACUUGAAUUGUUUUAUUUCACUUUAUUUUCACUUUUCAGAGUAAGAUGUUUUAUUUACUUUUUCUGCUUAUUGACACAAAGCAACCUGAUAUUACACAACGCCUUAGUUUGUAUUGAAAAGUGUGUUAAAGAUCUAUGCAGGACUGUCAAACGCUCAAUGCAAAAGUGCAAGUUGUGGCUUGGCUUUCAACCCGGAGUCGUGAGUGUUACUGUAGUGAGUGUUACUGUAGGACUGUGUGGUAACAUGCCGGCUGUUACAGUGUCACUCGAGACUCCCCACUUUCCUGUGUGUGUUCAGACAGCGUGUGAGGGAAAUUAGAGCAGAUCCGACGGUGUAGACAUAGGGAUAAGAUUCACUGCAACAAGACAUUUGUGUGUAGAACAGCUGAUGUGAAGAGAAAAUAUACAAAAUAAUUUUAAUGAUAUGUCAACUGCUGCUUUUAUUUUGCUUAAAAAAAAAAUCAUGUUGGCACAUUGUCUGACUUGACUCAUUAUCUAAAGACUUUUUUUUAAUCAGCACCUUUUAACCAUUGCAAUUAUUAGCUGUAGUGAGUGAAUUAAGUUUUCUUUCCAAACAGAUGGUUAAAUUUUUAUAUGAAAAAAAAUCCAACUUUCCACAUCAGAGAUAAAAUGAAAUCUCUGAGACCAAGGAUGGAGCUAUUCACUGUUUUCAUCUGGUGAUACUUGAUAACAAAGGUUCUAGGAUUCAAUGAUACUUUUAAUUGAAUCUUUAAAAAUGGAGUCAGAUAUACAGCACUUGCUGAAUCACUAAAACAGGUGGAUGAAAAUGUAAAAAAAAAAGGUUUUUGAAAGGAAACUGAUGGAACUGUCAGUAAUACAAUUGAAACACAAAUUUAAAGGUUGACUUUAGCUAAAUAAUUCACCUCACUAACUGUCUGAACACCAUGAUAGAGAUUCCUUUCUUCCUUCUGUUAAAUACCUCUGAUGACUAAAGCGUUCUUCCUAUGUGUUCUCCCCGACCACUUCACUAUGUGUGACAGACCGACCUGCGACACCGAGAAUGUUGCCAAAGAUUGUCUCUGUUAAACCUUGUUAAGUUGGGGUGUUGCUGGUCACUGUGUGUAAGACUUUGUUUGUUUGUGUGUGUGUGUGAUUCAAAAUGUUUUUUACGCAACUGUAAACCCAUAAGUGUCAUUGUGAAGUCAUGUGACAGGAGCAGUGGGUGACAUCUUUGCGCUUUCUUUUAGGGGGAAAGAAAAGCAGUUUGUGCUUAACUGGUUCCUAUUAUUUGGUCUUUCGUAGAUUUUUUUUUUUUUUUUUUUUUGUGUUUCAGUUCUGAUAUUAAAGGAAAGACAUGGUUUUCAUGACUGUUCUCAACUAGUUUCUUACCAAAGAAGUAGUUUCUUACCUUGAAUUUCAAGUAUAAUAUUGGACAACAUAUAAUCAGUUUCUCCUGACCUGGAUGUUGUUUAAAGUAAAUUCUGAGUAAGUUAUUGUCUAAUGUAAAUAAAGCCAGAAAGGCACACAUUCUUCCUUAA